AGUCGAGCUGUAAAACACAAAGAGUCAAGAGUCGGGCCAACGUUACGCUGGACGCAGCUGUUGUUCUGAGACACAUUAUUUUACAACGCCAAAUCGUGACUUUCGCCAUCAGUUAGUCGAUCACCCUUGCGUGUAUGUGUGUGCGUGUACGUGUGUGUGUGUGUGUGUGCGCGCGCGCGCGUGCGUGUUUUUUUAUUUGUACUUCCGCAUACAAUGUUUUUUUCCCCCCACUGACACACGGCAACUUUCGGACAGGAAACUUAUUUGACGCUUCGGCUGUCGCUGUCUCUGUAUUCACUGGGCGUGUUUGGGGCUCAGCGCUCUAACCCAGCCAUGAGCAUCAUCGGGGCUGAGGAUGAGGAUUUCGAGAAUGAUCUGAAUGAUGAGAUGGGCGACUACUGCAAACACUUCAACAAUAUAGACCAGUUCAAGGAUCGGCCGACCCACCUGCUUGUCUUCAUACAACAUGUCAUUCUACAGUUUGACCCGGCUCCGCUGCUGUGUUACCUCCAUGCUGACCUCUUCAAUAACCUCAGUGCCAAAGAGACCAAGAAGCAAUUUGUGGAGUUCUACAACACCUUCUUGGACAAGGGUGCAAUUCUCAGAGUGUUACUUCCUCCUAAUGUAGCCUAUGAAUUGGACCGAACCCGUUCAGAUCUGCUCCAUGAGGACACCCAAAGACGCUAUGCUCAGGAGGUUCAGAGCCUGCAGGCUGCUGAAGUGGCCAAACAGCUUGAAGAUUUCAGGCAGAAGAGGAUGAUGGGUAUGACACCCAACGAGGCUGAGCUCAUUGACGUGGAGAAUCACUAUCCCACCGACCGCAUCCCGAUGGAGAUGAAGGAGAAGUCUGUAGCUGAGAACCUGCUGGACAGGAUGUCUGAGACACAACCUUCAAUUGUCUCAGACGAGGAAAAAUGUCAAUCCAUCUUUUCAGCGGUGGCGUACUUCAUGAAGCACCUUGGGGUUAAAACCAGGGCAGUUGACAGUAAGAAGUCCAGAGGAGGCUUCUUCAGGAGACAGCUGGUAAAGAAUAAGAAGGAUGAAUCCACAAAGACCAAGCCCAGAGGGGGGUUUCCUGGCAUCCCGAGCUGGAUUGCAGGCAACACUGACGUCAAACCUAAAAUGGAGGCUGAAGCGGAAAAAGAGAAAGUGAAUCCAGAGCGUAAGGGUCCAGCUCCCGGCAGAGGCUCCUUGACCGACCCUGCAGCUCCUUUCCUCAACAGCAGAAAGUCUGGUUCCAGCGGAAGCUCCUCCUCCGUGCCUGGGUUAGAGAUCAGUGAUGGGUCGGGCAACAACAUCUGCACCACCAACAUCCCAGAGUCCUCACACAUGGAUGGCCUCUCAAGCAAUCGCUUAGAGCCACCGACCGUGUCAGACGGGGGCGACGUGUCCCCCAUCAGCCUGGGAGGAGGGCUGACCGUCGGGGAGCCCCUCUCCCCGAUGGACACUCCCACAGAGGAAAAUGUGGAGAAAGAUAGACAGAAGACAAGGAAAGUGGCGCGUAGCGAGAGUGCCCGCGUGGAACGCCGCUCCUCUCGGCGCCGCGGCUCGUCCCGGGCCAAACAGUCUCGCUCUCGUAGUGAUGUGGACCUCCAGCCGCCUUCUGCCCUGACAACAACACCUGCACCGCUCACCCCCCAGCACCUCCAUCCUUUUGAUGGACCAUUCUCACUUCCUGAAGUGCCUGGCCACUCCCCAACCAGUCCCUCUCCACAGCUGGAGGAGAUGGAGCCACGCCUCUUGGAGUUUGAGUCGGACCCACCCAACUGGAGGGAGCUGGCCUCCCCUGAAGGCCUGUCUAGUCUCAACAAGAAAGAGAUCAAGAGGCAGGAGGUCAUCAAUGAGUUGUUUGCAACUGAGCAUGCACAUGUGCGGAUGCUAAGUGUCCUUCAGAUGAUCUUCUCCAAGCCUUUGGAGAGAGAGGAGCUCCUGACCUCCACUGAGUUGUCCGCCAUCUUCCCGAACCUGGAUGAGAUCAUUGAAAUGCACUAUAACUUCUACGAGAGCCUGAAGAAGCUGCGCUUAGAUGACAACUUCAUAGUCAAAUCUAUCAGCACCACAGUGCUCAACAGAUUUGAAGGUACAGAGGGGGAGUGGUUCCAGAAAUUGACGGCCCGGUGUUGCAGUCACCAGUCCUGGGCCUUGGACCAGAUCAAGAGCAGGCAGAAGAAAGAUCCACGCUUCAACUCCUUUAUACUGGAGGCAGAGAGUAAGCCCCAAUGCCGCAGGCUGCAGCUCAAGGACAUCAUUCCCAUAGAGAUGCAGAGACUGACCAAAUACCCGUUGCUGCUGGAGAAUAUUGCCAAGAACACAGAGGACCCAACAGAGAAGGAGAGGAUCCAGCAGAGCGCAGAGUGCUGCAGAAAGAUCCUCAACCAUGUCAAUGAGGAGGUCAAAGUGAUGGAGAACCUAUUGACCCUGAAGGACUACCAACGUAGACUGGACACAUCAGGGCUCAAACCCAGUAAUGACCUUUAUACAGAAUAUAAGAACAUCGAUCUGACUCAGAAGAAGAUGCUCUAUGAAGGCUCUGUGACCUGGAGAGUCACAAAAGAAAAAGCAAUUGAGGUGCAGUGUGUGUUGCUUGGGGACCUGCUGGUGCUCCUACAGAGGCAGGACGACAAGAUGGUCCUCAAAUGCCAGAGCAAGAGUAACAUUGCCGUGCAGGAGGGCAAGCAGAUGCUGAGCCCCAUCAUCAAGCUGGGCUCAGUCUUCCUACGAGAGGUGGCCACAGAUCGGAAGGCCUUCUACGUGAUAUUUACCUGGGACAGCGGUGCUCAGAUCUAUGAACUGGUGGCUCAGUCUCUUGGAGAGAGGAAACUCUGGACCGAGGUGAUAAAGUCAGCAGUGGAUGAUCUGAAGAAGAGUGAAGCUCCCAUGAGGUUGGCGCUGCCUCCUGGAGGAGCUCUCUUCAGUCCCACCACGCUGACUGCCCCUUUGAGCCCGACUGAGAAUGGGGGUUUGAAAAGCAGCAGUGAUCGAGAUAAAGACAGCUUGACAGAUGACAAGUCUUUAGACCCCAGGCACAGGCUGAUUGAUUUCCUGUCAGACAAAGGCUUCGACUUGAUAGGCCACUCCAACAGCGAUCAGGAGAAUGUGGCCAACAGUGCUUUGGACCAAGUCAUGUCUCUGAAGAGGCUGUUGGUCGGCAGCAUCAGUCUAUCAGAAGACUCGCAGGCUGAUGGAGAAAACGGAGAGGAGCAUUCGGAGAGGCCCAGUCAAGAAAUGGAUCGCUGUCAAUCAACAGAAGAAAGCCAGACCAUAGACAGGGGAGCGGAGGAGGAGAACGUCAACUCUUGUGAAAAAGGAGGUGCAGGGAUGAAGGGAGAGGAGGAGAGGAGCAUCAGUGCGCCCCUGGUGCUGUCCCAGGAGAGGAUGGAGGAAGUGUGCAGGAGGCUCCACAGUCUGGAGGAACAACUAAAGAGACUGCAGACUGUAGAAGAGGAGCACCACAGGCUGCAGGAGGCCCUUUCCAAGUUCUCACUGGAGGGGGGCAACUUCCAUUGAGACACCAUCACGCCACCUGCUGGCUACUAGAUUUUUACUGGUGCUAGUUUGGAGUGCAAGAGUGACUUUCAGAAGCUUCCGUGGAAAUUCCUCAAAGUCAAGCCUGGACCCUUUGCUGCAUUAGGGGGCUUUAUGCUCAGUGCAGUGGUUCAGUGAUGGGGCAUGGGAGGGUGCGUGCAUGUGUAUGUGUGUCUGUUUGUGUGCGUGCGUGCUUGGUAGAGAGGUAUACAAAAAGACCUUUCAAAAAACAGGACAUCCUACUUUUGAGUGGGAGAUUGUUUUUGCAUAGGUGCCAAAAAAACUGAAGCAAUAUUUUGCAGUGAGAGAGACGCUGCCUAAUAACAUGUAGUGAUUACAAUCUGCUGUAACACACAUACGCACACCAGAGACAUGCACGCUAGAAAAGAAUUGACAUUAUUAGCAGAUGUGCAGUAAAAGAGAAAUCCUAUGCCUUUCCCUGCCAGGUUAGCUAUAACCAGGUGGAAGCCUUAAGGGGCCAAUGUAGCGUUUGAAGAUGUAUUGAAAUACUACUGCUGAUAUAUAGUGUUAUUUCUAGUCUAUGCCAAAGUACCACAGAGAUGCACUUUUUUUCUGAUCAAAGUUCGCAAAAUGUAUUUACUUUUUAUUUUUAUUCCGUUUUGAACAGUUUGGCUUCAUGUAGGCAGACCUCAUUAUUGAGAAGAUUGCAUGCAAGAAAGUGUGUGUAUGUGUGUUACAAAGUUUUUAACUAAGGAUGUGCUUGUUUGGAGGGUUCUUACUGUUAUUUGGACAUUUAUAAAUAGUGACACUAGGUAAUCAUGCUGUUAUUAAUGGUGAUGAUGGUUUGUAUUUACCGCUUUUAUUUAUUCCUAUGAGUUCUGAUGGGGCAGUGAGUUAGUUGCCUUGCCUGAGUGAAAGUGUCACAACACUAGGCCCCCCCAAAGACAUGGCAGAGCUUUGCGUUAGAGAAAAGGCAAAACAUAAGAAGGCAAACCUAGAAUGUGUAACGAAGAUCAAAGUAAAGGGUGAAGACGAAAGCUGGCGGGAUGAGGAGUGAGUUUAGAUGUUGCUUUGGUUUAUUUAAAGCCGGCUUGAAUCAAUGGGUCAUGAGACGAUGUGUAGAACAUAUGAGAUUAGGAGUUGGCUCACUGUACUGAAACAUGUAGACACACACACACACACACACACACACACACUGAGAGCACAGUGCAAGUGUUCACAAAGGUCAUUCGGUGGCAGCAACAUGUCUGCAGCGUCACCUUUCCCCAGAUCCACACAGCUCCUGAUAGAAAACACAGACUUAAGAUGGUGUUAUAAAUUAUAUUAUGUAACUUUAGUUUCACAUGUUAUUAGCAAAAGAUUAUAUUCUUCCCUGGUAGCAACUCUUGUAUCAAAGCUGAGCUCUGUCUUUGUUUUUUUUAUUCAGCAGUUGAUUGUAAUUAUUAUUAUGAUGAUAUCAUUUCUGAGUAGUGGCACAGCUGUCAGAGGACCAAAGACAUAAAGCACCGUUAGAGCUUCAUACGAGCUUCAGGACAUCUGUGUGGUAGCAUGACACCUAAUGCUAAUGCAGGUAGCGCGGCCUGCAGUUGCGUUUCUUCUCCUCAAACUUCAACAUGUGGCAACUUGAGUGAAGGGAAGCAGCUGUUUUUCGAUAAAUACUGAGAUGAAGAAUGUUCGACUGCCCCAAGCCUUAUUACCAAACCCAAGCUGUAGAGCUAUGAUGUCUUGCAUAUGCAUCAAAUUGUUGUGUUAAUAAGUGUGACUAUAAGCCGGUGUGAAUGCUACAAGCUGUACUGUUCUGACCUGCAUAGAGGACGGUUAUUAAACGCACCAUUGGAUUUGUUCCAUCAAGACGGUGAAGCCAGAUGAGGAAACAAAGGAAACGUUGGAGGAAGGAAAACUGCUCUCGCCAGCGCUGUGAUCAUGAUCACUUCCUGAUAUGCAUUCACCCCCUGUUGUUGCUCCAACAACAAAUGCCCCUGUUGACCCCACUGAACCACAUUGUGAACUUGUGCAAAUGUUGGUGCAUAAGUCACAUGAGUUUGUGUUUGAACAUUACUGCCAUCUCUCUCCGCAUGUCUUCCUCUUGUAAAAUGUACAUAGAUGUUAGCUUGAAGGAUUUUUUUUCUUUUUUGAGAUCACAUAAAUUAGCCCCCCUCUUUUUGUUUAUUGAGCUUAUUGGCUACUACUCUUGAUAACACCCUCACCUGUGAUAGCAUGUUCACCGUUUCCUACUGCACAGUUUUUCCAUAUGUUGUUGUGUAUUUCUUUUGAUUUACUUAAACGGGUCUGGGAAGGUGUUUUUUUUAAUACUAUUUGUCUUUGGUUCUCAAACAAGCUUUGUAAUUAUCUAUGGUGAGAGAGACGGGACUUGUCUAACUUGUCUAUGCAUGAAUGAAUUUAACAAUUAUGCAAAUAUUGUGUUUUUUGGUGUGCACGUUAUUAAAGCACAACCCUCUAUACUGUGGCUAUCCAGCUUUCCGAUGGGAUACAUUCAAACGGAUCGUCUCAACCAGAGAUUUUUAAUAGUCAAACUGCAGUGAUCAGCAGGUGAAAGCCAGUUCACACCGGCUCACAGUGAUGCCUUCACUUACCGACUGCUGCAGGCACUUCUUGCUCUCUGUCCUCCGGAUGCCUUUCCUCAUGCAUUCUAUAUACAAGUACCUAGAUGUAUAGAAAAUGUAUUUAUAGAGUGGUGCCUUGUUCCAAUGAUCAAGUUGUUUUCUUUUCGUUUUAUUUGGGCUAUUUUUCAUGGGAGGACAGUGAAAUCGACCUUGGAGAGUGAGAGACGUUGACAAAAUGACUAAUAACGGUCGAGAGAUCAUCCCAAGAUUCUGUUUUUGUGUCCACCUCCAAUACAGCAAACGGGUUUGAUCCCUCCACCAACUCAGCCAGCCAGGGCCCUGUAUGGAAAAGAAACUGCUCCUUGUCAUACAGGCAUCUGCCAUCAUGUCUAUAAAUAAUGAAUAUGCAAGAACUAUACUGUGUAUUUGGGUUUUGAUUUUUUUUUAAUCAAUUCAGAGGCUCUUUAAAGAUGUAUACUUAAGGAAAAUUGUGGUACGUUGUGUUUUUUAAUUCAUUUUUUUUAAAUAAAUUGGGGAAAUAAA